AUAAAUAUAUUUUCAAGGUUACUACCUUACCGAUAAUGAUCUGAACCUAUCUGAACUAAGCGGAAUGUUUGUUACUAGUGGAGGAUUCCAUUUUGAUGCCCGUAGUGCUGCUCAUGGUGUUGUCCGAGUUUGAACGGUAAACAGUUUGUCUAAUAGCAGUAAUAAUUUCAUAAAGCAAAUGGCUCGAGUGUUAGUUUACGUAAGCCCUGUUGAUGCAGUCUUCAUGGAUAUAAAAUUGGACAGCAAAAUAGACCCUUCUGAACAUGCAAUAAGAAUAAAGGAAGAGCCAAUCGAUCCAGAGAUCUACGAUGAUUCGUUCCCAGUUGAUACGAAUACAGGGAAUGAAAAUGAAACAGCGACGUUUGAAGGUGAAUCUUCGGAUGGCGUUUAUCGUAGAAAUGGAGAAUCCGCGUGUCCUCAAGAAAGUACUUAUUUAGAAAAUAACAAAUCGAAUCCUGAUAAACGAACAAGUAAGCAUAAAGUACCUCCAGACAACAGAAUAAGUUGCAAUGUUUGUUUGUUAAGUUUUCAAACUAAACAUUUAUUGGAACUGCAUAAUAAAUUAUAUAACGGUGACGCAUUUAAGUGUAAUAAUUGCACUGCAACCUUCACUAUGCGUACUUUGUUGAUACGUCAUUUGGAGAUGCGAUGUUGUACGAAGAAAUUGCGUGGAUAUAGAUGUAAUUUUUGUAACCGAAGGUUUUCCCAUAAAAGACAUGCUCAGUCUCAUUCAUUCCAUGUACAUGGGAAUGCAAUAUGUUCUGGUGAAAGCAAAAUUACGAAAACAUCUCCUAAAUCGUUAGGAAAGUCGAAGCAUUCGGAUGGUGUAGUCAUGGCAGAAUCAAAUACUUCACACAGUUCCUCCCCAAAAAACGUAAAUAGCUCAAUAAAUAUAUCUUUGAAACUAUCUAAUAGUUCAAACGAUACACCCACCAAGGGUUCGAGCAGCAAGAUCAAGAGCAAGAUUCCAACUUCGACGCUCAAGACAUUUAGUAACAAGAAAUCAACGGCUUCAGAAGUUAUUCAAAUGUCCACUUCUGUUAAGCGAAUCGAAUCUCCUGUUAGGAAAAGACCGUUUGUUCAAAUUCAUGUGAAUUUCAAAACAAUGACAUCUUUAUUAAGGAACGAAAUAAAAGCUGAAUCGAAAAGCUCUAAUACCUCGUACAAUAUGUCUUACAACCUUAGGCCAGUGAAAAGAUGUUCUUCUUCUUUAUAUGACUUUUACGAUUUAUUGGAGCUUGAGACCUUUGGAAGAUCAAGACAAUCUUUUAAAAGAAACAAGACUUCCUAUAUAUUUAACCAAAGUAAAAGAUCCGAACCUGAAGCUAAGCGUAAAGAAUGUGUGGUCCUUUUGGAGAAAUACGACAAAUUCUUAGAGCCUACUAGUUUUGUGUCAAACGAAAACGAAAACGAAAAGGAAAACAAAAACGAACACAAUGAAGCUUUCAAACAAGUAGUAUCGAAAAAUGUGGAAGAGGAAUUUGAAGGUUUUCGUGAAACAAGCUCGGCAGAUAACUUGCCUUUGACAGCUGACACGAUUGCGUCAAAGCGAUUCAAUGAAUUUGCAAAAUCUUUCGCUCAUAGAUUAAUCGUACCUCAACAAGAAUCGGUCGAGUUUAAGAAGAACUUUAAGGUCAAUCGGCAGAAAAGAUUUCAAUGUCAUAUUUGUAAAAAAUCGUUUUCUUUGAAGGAGAACCUGCGCCAGCACAUGAAAUUGUUCCAUACGAUUUACAUAUCGAGCAUAUGCAAAGCGCGUUAUACGUCCAUGAAUAAGUUACUAACUCACUAUCUACGUCAGCAUAUUGUGUUUAAACGAAGGGAAUGUUGCGUGUGUUAUGAGAAGUUUGACACGUCGGCAUUGUUGAAACGACACAUGAUUUUGCAUUGUGUGAAAAUCAUAAGAUCAAAAAAAGACUCUCUACCGGUCGAUGUUGAAAUAAAUUGCAAUGUAUCGAAAAAACAACACAAAUGCAAAGGUUGUCGCAAACGAUUUUGGCUAUACUCGUGUUUGAAACAACAUGAGAAUGUAUGUCGUCGAAUGAAGGUCUUAAUACAUAAACAACGUGUACGUCGUGUAAACCAUUUGUCUCGGUCCUUCAAAGAACUUAGUGACAUGGAACUCGACAUAGUACAGUCACCUGAUUUGAAACAAAUGUUGGAUGUUCCGGGUAGGACGACGAGAUCUUUGAAAAAUUAUUCGGCUCCUAGUACGCUUAUUACGGAUGAUACUUUCUCUUCGUCGUUCGAUACAGCUGUAAAGAACGAAAGGUUACGUAAUAGGAUUGCGUGCGUAAAGGGUUACCAAGCGGACAAGAUGAACGAAACAAAGUUUUCUUGCACUACUUGUGGAACACAAUUCCGAACAUUUCAAACUUUGUGCAGACACCAGCGCACCUAUUGCCAAACAGCCACAAAAAAGUGUAACGUUUGUCAGACGAUGUUUUGCACUAGAAGAAUAUUACAGCUUCACAUGCUUGCUACUCAUACGCCUUCGUGCUCGGCUACUAAAAACUACAAGUUCUUUUGUAAGUUCUGUAAUCAAGGAUUUAUUAAGAAAUCGAAUUAUAAAAUUCACGAACGACACUUACAUACUGGGUAGAAUCCUAGACUGGUGCUGAAUUCCGAUUGCGCUUUGAAAUAUAAUCCAAUCUGUAAUAUAUGCCAUUUGUUAUCCGAAUCCUACGAACGUGUAGUUGAGCAUAACAUGUAUUAUUACAAGGGCAAUGAUUUUUUGUGCACAAUAUGUGGUAACUUGUUUCAAGGAAUAUACAAGUUUUAUCAUCACAUCAAGUUGGAGCAUUAUCCGGAGGAGCCAUGGAAAUUGUACCUUUACAAAUGCGAUACUUGUAGCGAAGGCUUUAGCUACGAAUCACAUUUCCACGCACAUAAGCUACACGUUCAUUCGUACGAUUCGGCCGCUGACGGGACGUGCGACCGCGAUACAUCGGAUCAGACUUUUCGCAUGUGUUCAUGAUUCUUUGGAUAAAUUAAGAUAAUCAUAAGAUAAUAAGCAUAGGGAAUAUUUAAUUCUUUGAUUUAUAGGUCGUUUCAAAAUCAAUUUUCACGGUACUUUACAGAAGAAUUGGCCUAGAUUCAGACGUACAAUAAACGCGCCAAGUACACAUACGCAUACGAAGCAAAUGAUUUCUAAAGUGUUCUUUAAGUCAUGUAUUCGCAUUUUCCAUGAUACGCAUGAAAUGUAUUUGUUGAGAAUUUUAGAUCUUAAUAGCUGAAAUAAUGGUAUAAGAACACUAACUUUACACUUAGAAUUUAUAUUAGAAUAUUUAUUUAUUUAUUUGAUAAACGAUUUCAAAGAUAUUCAUCGAUACAUACUUGCACGCGUCUCAGCGCUUUCUUCCAUACCCGACUGUUAACCGACUGAACAGUUUACAUUCCUUUGUUUUCGAGAUGACGCACACACACAUACUUCCACACACUGACAUUCACAUACAUGUAUCGCUACUAUGCAGCUAAUCUAGUUUAGCACAUAAAAUUAUACUUAUCUCAAUAGUAUUGAUUUUUGUUGAAAUAUACUUUACAAGUCGAAUGAACGCUACUAACCUAGUACAAACUGUGCUCGACUCAAACAUCGAGCACUGAGUGAAGUUUGGAUGUCAGCUUUAAGCGCUUCCUGUUCACUGUUUGCUAUGGUCUCAGUUUGUCGAAUCAGAAGAUGUCAAGUAUUCUAGGCUAGACCAUCCAAAAAACCAGUGAACUAUAUAUUCCAUACUGUCUCUAACUUUAUUUAACAUAUAUCGUUUUGUUCAAAUAAGAGAUAAAGAGAUGUAAUCGCGUUAUCGUGUCGUUUACUAAGUGGCGUUUGAAACAGCUUAAUGAAAAUUAUAAUAGAUCUAUAUGCAUUAGAUAGAGUAAUAAAUUAGUCUGCUUUUCUUUGAGCGCAUUAUAUUUAUGUAUUUUUAUGUACGUAUAUAUUCUGUGUGUGUGUGUUUGCGCGUGCACAUGUGCAUUUCAAGUACGUUGAUUAUUACCCUAUUUCAUUAUUGUAAAAUUUCCUGUUAAAGGGAGUUUUUCAUUCGGCGUGCGCGUUUGCCGAUCUUCAUAUUUUAUAAAUUGUUUUUGGUCGGCGUAAAAGUUUGAAAAAGUUAGAAAAUAAAUGAAGCGAGGGUAAGUAAAUGUUGCAAUUUCUUUUCUUAAAUGCUGAUAGUGGUAAUUUUUCUUCUAUUGCAAUGUUUAUUUGUCAUAAUUAUUCGUUUAAACGUCCGCUCGAUAUAAUAUUUAUAACAUUCGUUAAAAAAUGAACAAACAAUUAAUGAAUCUGAUAUUGAGAUUACCAAAAAAUUCAUUUCGUUUGUCACACGUGGAAUGAUUAUAUGAUAAGUUUCAUGUUUGACAAAUGACUAAUUUAAAUAUGGAUCGUAAUUACAAUUUUCAUUAUGAAAUGAUAUAUUUACUUACCCAGCUAUCGAUUAAUGACGUCGAAUGAUAAUUGUACGGGAACCAUAAUGCUUUAUAAUGUGCAAUUAAAUUAUUACGUUAAAUAUUCAGCGAAUUAAUAUUUCAAUUUCCAUCACCAUCAACUGAAUAUUUCAAUUUCCCGCUCGCACAGUUCGAUAAUUGGGAGGAAUAUGAGACCAAGAACAGUAUAUAUCGCUAUAAAAGCGCGAAUGAUAAUUGUCGUAUUAGAAUUUCUAUAAAGAAAUAAGUAUUGACGUUUAUAUCACAGAAUAGUUGCAGCGCGUAAUCAAAUAAAUUGGUUGUUUAACAGCGGGAAAAUGAACUAUUUUCACGAGCUUUCACCGGUUUUGCCAUACAACGAAACGAACAGUUGAGCAAUUAUGAAAGCUAACCUUUGUAUUUUCCAAAAAUUCGAAAGCUGGUAAACUUAAUAGAUUGCUCGAGAAAUUUAUAGAUUUUAGUAGUACGAUAUGUACUGUUUUUAAAAGUGUAUUCUUUAAUAAAUUACAUUU